UUUUAACUGAAUUGUGGCAAAUGUAUUACCUCAGCUAAUCUGCAAGCAUGGUAAAUUAUCUUGACACAAAUAGCUCGUUUUUAACGGCUCUUGAGAUUCAAAAUAUUGUACGUUAUUCAUCUGUUAUUCUGAGGUUAAAGCUAAAGCAACUUUAGCUGUCUUUGAGGUAUAAUGACCGAGUCGUGUCUGAAACUUCUGGUUAAGUGACAGAUCGUUGAUGGGUAUUAUCAUUUGAAUAUAUAUUCAUCUUUUUAAGUGUGUUUUGUUAUCAGUUAGUGUGUUGGUCACAGGCGUUUUGUGGAAACUGCUUUUUCCAAAUCUGUUUUUCACAGAACAUAUCAGGCUAAAUCACCACAAUAUGUGUAACUGUUUAUGGGUCAAUGACAUGACGUGCAUAUUUUUGUGUCCAAGUGCAUAAUUUCAUUUUUAAUAAUUUGAUAAAUUCAUGACAUAUAUCACUUUAUUCUAUAAAACCUAUUUAGUUUGAAUUCACAUUAGUACGUUUAAAUGCGUAUUAUUUUAUGUGUUGCUAUCUUAAACCCCCAAAAUGUUAAGUGGUGCAACUGUCCAAACAAAUGAACAGAUGAGAAGACUAUUUAAAAUAGUGUCUUAAUAAUAAAAAAGUUAAAAACUAAAGACUAUGGCAAUAUUUUAUGUUUGAAACCUUUCAUAUAAACAAAUUUUAUAAAUAUCAGUGUCUUUUUAUUUUUUAUAAAGCUGUUGACAUAAUUGAAAAGCUUUUGUCCAGCAGUUUGAAUGCCAGGGUGGCACAACUGCAAAUUUGACACUUCUAUUAUGAAUUGACAAGGUAAUAACAGUAAACAUGAUAAUGCAUCACCUAUUCUAGAGGACUCCAACUGAUCCUUGUGGCCGAGUGAAAAGGAUAACUGAAUAUAUCUGAAGUGUGAGCCGAGUUUGCAUAAGCAGACAUGCUGGAUGGGGCUCAGUUCGUUGAGGCAUUGUCACGUUUGGGUUACCCACGGGCGUCUAUUCUGAAAGGUUCUGAGUUUGACUGGUUAUUUGACACCGCACCGGAUAACCUGCACCUUUUACGUGUCGUCUGCAACCGCCUGAACCGCAGCAAUGUUCUAACGCCAGAAGAAUUGCAAGCGUACAAGGCACUCCAGGAGACCAGGAAGCCUAUCUUGGAUGAGGCGACACUAGCUGAGUUGCUUAAAACCUGUUUGCCUGUGGAUGGAGGUGUAGGGUCACAGGGCUGUUCUGUGCUGGGUGGUGAGGGAAAUGUAACAAUUGAGGACCUUGAGACAGAACUUCAAGCUCUCCGCAAGGAAAAGCAGCUAAAACAACGGAGACUCAACAAGCUGCAGAUGCUAGCUACCAACUGGGGUGCAAACUCCUCUGCAUCCCAAUCACUGCUGCAGGAAGGAGGCAAUGUGGUAAAAGAUGCCAACUCUGCCUUGGCAGCUGAAAAUGCAUACACCAACUCAGCAGUAGAGAACUUGUCAAAGGAGACCACCAAACUGGCUGGCUUUUUCCAAACCAGCCUAAGGAGUAAAGAUGGAGCAGCUCCACCUUUAGUUCCUCAACCUGGGAUCCCUGUACUCCUCUCUCAGUUGUCUCUAGAGUCGUUCCUCCAGCAACAAGAGCAAUUCACCAAAGUGCUGGCUGCCUACACUCAGCGUCAAUUCUUUCAGGGCAUCUCAGACAUGAUGGAGACCUCCACUUUCAAUCGCUGGCAGCUGACAAAUUUGAGCUGCUGCAGUGAGAAUGAGGAAGAAGAGGGUGAGGGACUAGUGGAGCUCAGGAAGAAAGAGAUGGCACGACUGCAGUGGGCAUAUAUAGUGGCCCAGUACCAGCUGGUGAAAGAGAGGGCAGAGGAGCAUGGUGACAAGGCAGCAAAAGAGUGGCUCAUCCAGCGAAUGAACAGCAGCACAGAGUCUCUGUGCUACUCAAAGGUGAGCAGGCCUGAGCCUGAUCUACGCUCUGAGAUCAUCUCAAUUCAGUCUGAAAUUCAGUCUCUUAUGUUAGACCCAGUCCGCUCUGCAUUACGAGACUGUGCCCGCCUCCUUAACAUCCCCGUGGUGCGUGGUGACCUCGCUCUUCAAGUAGCCAGGCAAAAUUACUACACCUCCAGGCAAAGUGAAAUUCGUGACCAGCUUCUCCGUCAGAAGACCUUCUUCGAACUUGUGCGUCUGGCCCAGGAUGCAGAGCUCCUUAGGGGGAAGAGGGUGAUGGGGCAGCUUGAUGAAAUAGUGAAGCGGCUGGAGGGGGCAGCAGAAGCUGCUACUCAAAGAGAAAACACUUUGACACAACCUCACUUGACCCAAGUCCCCUAUCUUGGUCCUAAUGCUAAACAACAGAUCAUGAGCUCCAAGGACACAGCCUUUAGCAGGUUGCUGCAGAUGCUCGAGAUGGGUAAGGCCUCCAUGGAAAGAGAGGAUCCAUUCCAAACCUACGGUAGGCUGGAAACAGCAGCCUCCAACCUACAGGAGCAUCUGAUCACUGUACAAGAGGCUUUGGAUGGGGCCAGACGAGAGCAAGCCUUUACUGGAGCUCGGUUAGAACAUGACCGAGAUGCGCUCGACCAAGUGGCUUACUCUGACAUUGUGCAGCCUCUCCUGAGGCCGCAGGUAUGUGCUACAGCCACACCUGCACUGGAGCUCUGCCCUCAUGCACAGGAGCUCACAAUUGUUCUAGAUGAGCUGGAGGUCAAGCAGAGGACCUUGUACACACUUCUUCAGGACAUAGUUGGGGACUUGAAGGCCAAACGAGGGAGACUUGAACGCAGUGCCUCCCUGAGGAGGGAGAGGGAACUGUAUGUUUAUUUCCAUCUGGACCCAAGACUGCUCAAUAGAGCAGUGAGAGAUAUAGAGGCUCAAGCAGGGCUUAUGUAGAAUCAGAUCUCUACACCAGCCAACAUAUACAGAGGUCCCUGCUGCAAAAAUAAAAAAUAUGGAUGACUGAGAAAUUAAUGUUAAAUGCAGAUUAGGACAUGGACCAUUGUUGCUUCUGUGUUGUGGAACUCCAUAGAUCUUAUAUUCUUAUGUAUUAUUCUUUAUUUCUGCUAUCUGCUAAAAGUUAAUGUUCUUUAGUUGUCAAAUUUGUGUUCAGUGCUUACAGUUGCACAUUAAUUUGCAUUUGUACUUUUGCAAAUGUGCCACACUUUGUAUAAAUCAUGGUGCUUAUAUAUUUUUGGUGAUUAACAGUUAUGUCUUUGUGAAUAAAUAUCAUUUGUAAUUUCA